AUGGCUCCCGAGAAGCCGAAGAACCCCAGAGCCUGGGACGCUCUCACUCCGCCGCUGUCCGAAUGGAUCCUGGACGCCGUCUCCAGCAUGGGCUUCGAGCGCAUGACGCCCGUCCAAGCCAGCGCAAUCCCGCUUUUUAUGGGCUAUAAGGAUGUGGUGGUGGAAGCUGUGACUGGCAGCGGAAAGACGCUAUCGUUCCUCAUCCCGGUUGUCGAGCGUCUUCUGCGUUUGGAGGAGCCACUCAAGAAGCAUCAUGUUGGCGCCAUUGUCGUCUCUCCUACGAGAGAACUAGCAACCCAAAUCCACGCCGUCCUCACUUCCCUCCUCGCCUUCCAUGCUCCCUCCGCAGCCGCAUUACAACCCCGCGACGAGACCUCCGACGAGAAACCCUCCUUCCCUUCCUCUACGCUCAAAGUGAUACCCCAGCUGCUUCUCGGCGGAAACACCACUCCCGCCCAAGACCUUAGUACUUUCCUCAAAACUUCGCCGAACCUACUCAUUGCGACUCCGGGACGCCUCCUCGAACUUCUUUCUUCUCCACAUGUACACUGCCCGCAAUCCUCGUUCGAGGUCCUGGUGAUGGACGAGGCCGACAGAUUGCUGGAUCUUGGCUUUAAGGAUGACUUGCAGAAGAUUCUGCAGAGGUUGCCGAAGCAGAGGCGUACCGGUCUGUUCAGUGCCAGUGUUAGCGAAGCCGUGUCACAGCUCGUACGUGUUGGCUUGAGAAAUCCGGUCCGCAUCGCAGUCAAGGUCAAGUCGGCCUCUGGAGCUAUUGACAAACGCACUCCGGCAUCUCUGCAGAUGAAAUACCUCCUCACAUCUCCCUCUCACAAACUCCCGGCCGUUGCGAAACUUCUCUCCACCCUCUCUCCUACGCCCCAGAGAUCUAUCAUCUAUGUCUCGACAUGCGCUGGCGUGGACUACUUCCAGCACGUACUCCCCACAAUACUAACAGCAGCCACUGUUGUCCCCCUACAUGGAAAGCAUCCCCAGAAUGUACGCGAUAGAAACUUCAAGCGAUUCACCGAGAGCGUUUCCCCCACAGUGCUCCUGACCACCGAUGUCGCCGCCCGCGGUCUCGACAUUCCUCUCGUGGACCUCGUCAUCCAAAUCGACCCUCCCUCCGACCCGAAGACCUUUAUUCACCGCUGUGGACGCGCUGGACGUGCCGGACGCCGCGGCUUGGCCGUCACCUUCCUGACCAAGGGAACCCACGAGGAAGACUACAUCCCUUUCCUUGCCGUGCGGCAAACACCUGUCACGCCAUUGACGAACCCGAGCAUCGAGACUACAGAUGAGGAGGCACAGAAAACAGCGCAAACUAUCCGGAACCUGGUGCUGAAGGAUCGGGCCAUCCACGACAAGGCUCAGCGCGCGUUCGUGAGCUGGGUUCAGUCGUACAGCAAGCAUGCUGCGAGCAGCAUUUUCCGCGUCAAGGAUUUUGACUGGAAGGAACACGCUGAUGCGUGGGGAUUGUUGAAGUUGCCGAGGAUGCCGGAGAUGAAGAAGUGGGAUGGAGAUUGGAAGUUGGGUCUGUCGAUUGAUUGGGAGAAUUUCAAGUACGCCGACAAGACCAGAGAAAAGCUUCGGAAGGAGGAAGAGGCGAAGGCGAAGGAGGCUCGGGAGAACGGGACGGAAGAACAGAACUCGAAGAAGCGGAAGGGUGGAAAGGACAAUGCUUGGAGCGAGCAGAGGGAGAUGAAGAAGCUGAGGGAGGAGAGGAGAGAGAAGAGGCAUAAGAAGAAGGAGGUUGAGAGGAAGAAGAAGAUGACGGAUGAGGAGAAGAAGAAGGAAGAUGAACUGCAGGCUAUGAUUGAGAAGAUCAGGGAGCAAAACAAAAAUAAGGUAGAUGAAGAUGAGGAGUGGGAGGGGUUUGACUGA